AUGAGCUCUGUGGAUUUGAAUUCCAUCUGUGAAUCGUUUCAAGCAGCAGCACACACACCAGCCUCCCCCAUCGCCGCCACCGCCGAUACCGCCACCAUUGCUACAGCCUCCGCUGACUGUAGUAGCACAAACGAAGAUUCUCUCUCCACGGCGUGCCACGGCACACCGCGGCGGCUCCGCGUGGCCGUCAAGCCGCGCGGCAGCCCUGCCGCCGUGCCGCUGUUCCUGCCAAAUGACUUCGGAGGCGACGCGGUGUGGGGACAGUCACCAGGAUUCGGAAAAGGAGCUCGAGUCGCCGCUUUCCCCGCCGCGAGUCCCCCGCCGCACCGCGGCUCGUGGACGGACGGCGCGAGCUGCUGCAAAACGAAGCGCCGAACCGCGCUCGGACGGGACGACGAGCUGGAGGGAGUGCGGCGCGCACUGGGUUGGGACAGUAAUGAGGGCACAGGAGGUGAGGAAGAGGAGAGCGGCUGCAGCGACAGUAACGUCGAAGCGGAAGGUCAUUCGUCCGACGGUGAUAGCUUCGCCACUCGCUGCGAUCUGUUUUCAAGCUCGGACGAAUCCGACAAUCUUCUUCGCGACUCGCUCUCUGGUCUAAGCCGGCAGAGCUCUUCUAUAGCCGACGGCAUCCCGCAAUCUCCGGCGCGGUUCUCGCCACCGGAUGCGGGAUCGCCGCGGUCGUGCACUUCGGGAGCCGUGUCGCCUAUGUCCGUGCUACCUGCGCCGCUGAUAUCGUCGCUGUCCGCAUCGCUGGGUGAGAUGGCGGAAGUAGGGGCAGAAGAAGACGCUCUAAUCAUGCUGCCCAUCGCGUGGGACGAUGCGGGGGCGGAAGGGGUUGUGGACGCGGUAGCCACUUCGGCGGCGGCAGCGGCGGCGGUGGCGGCGGGAACUUCUGCACAUUGGUCACGACAGGCGACGCCGUGCCCUCGAUCUCCAUUCGCCACUCCUCCGCCUCGCUCGUCUGUUCCCCCGUCAAUCCCGCGCAAUGAUCCGCUUCCGCCUGCCUGGAGCCAUGCAACCGCGCACUCUCCCCCUGCGCGGUGCAACCUCCGCGCCCGCAACAGCUCCCCGCAGUAUAGCGGAAACUUCGGACAGAACCAGUUCAUCAAUGACGCCUCUUCCCGCAGCCCCGUGUCCUCCGCCAAUGCGCGCAACCACCAGCACCCAGCCGCGCACCAGCUACCCCAAUCGGUGCCUUCCCGGGGUCCUUCCGCUCCCCACCCUCCGCCCGCCGGCUUUCCAGAGCGUCCCAAUCCCCACCUCCCGCACCAGCAGCCACAGCCUUUCCGCGCAUGGCCUGCGUCUGGCUCCGCUCUCCCGCCCAUUGGUGCAUGCGCGCGCAACAACUUCCGCCACCCGCUCAUUCCCGCGCCUAUGCAUGUCCCUGUUCACAUGGGCAUGGCCAUGGGCAUUCUCGCCCUGUCCUCCGUUCCCGUCCACCUACCCCCGCAUCUCGCGUUCCCUUGCCGUCCAUUCCCGGGGGCUGGUCUUGCGGGAAAGUCUGGCUCCGGUGGGGUUCUGCGAAAUGGCGGGAAGGCGGAAAAGGCGAGUGUAGGGGGAGGUGUUAGGGCUGCUGCGUCUGCAGUGGCGGCGGAAGGGUCGUCGGGCACAGGUGUGUUUCUUCCUCGCACCAGUGCUGCUGAUUCAUGCGGUGCUGUCGUGGGUGGAGAGGAAGUCAUGGCAAUUUGA